AUGGAAUCUAAGGAUAUAAAAUCCAGCAACAAUAAUGUUCACAACAAUGAAGGGAAUAAUAACAAUAAGAAUCAUAACCAACCACAGCAGUCUUCAAAGAAACUACUUCAAAUGACCCAAGAAGAAUUGUUCCAACAUUAUUCAAAUAAUCCAUUAUCCAUGGAACAUAUAUUAAUGAAUCCCUUGCAUCCUUCCCUUCGUCCUCCCAUGUUGGAUGCAAAAAACGAAGAGAAAAUUAGAAACUUUUUAAAUUCACAUCCAGAAUGUCAGGAAUCUAGAUUUAUGUUGAUCAAUAGGGAAUGUUUUAUGGAAUUGUUCUCCAUAAAGGAUGAGAUGGUAGUUGACAAUGUAUUUAGCUUCUUUCCAGUAUCUGACAUACAUCAUAUGAUCAAAAAGAUGGACUUUGUCGAAAACAACACCAUCAUUCAAAAAAGCAAAUCACAAGUUUUAAGAGAAUCAUCUUUUACUUCACUUGCGCACCCACCACAACUAAACCAACAACAACCAGAUACAAAUAAUAUUCUUAGACUUCCAAUAGCUGGAUCAUUUCCAAUUGAAACACCUUACCUUUACAACAACCACCUCAAUAGACAGUCGAGUGGUGGUCAAGAUAGUUGUUCGACAGGCUCUAUCACCUCUGGUUCAUCGGGCUCUUCAAACGACAGUACAACCGAAUCAUCACCUCCAUCAUCAAUCUCUUCGUUUGGUAGUGCUGGUAGUGACAUCAACUCUAAAACUUCAUCACAUUCUAUUGAUAGUAGUGGAAGCAGUAGUAGUAGUGGUAGUAGCACUAGUAGUAAAUGUAGUAAUACCAGUACACCAUUGGGAUCAAUUAGUACAAAUAUCAAUAGUAAUUUCAUUAAUAGUGAUAAUACUCCUACACUACUGACAACUGCUGCAGUACAACAACAUAAACUUCAACAACAACAACCAACAAAACAAAAGAAUGAAAAGAGAACAAGGAGGUCUAAAAAAGGUAAAAAGAAAAAGGUUAAACUUCAAAUCAAGAAUCAACAGAUUAAUCUAUUCGAUGUCAUCAAUCAUAUCUAUUUAAUAUUAUCUAAAACCUCUGGAAAUGAAGAUGAAAGAAUUAAAAGUACAUUUAAACUUUAUGAUAUUAUGAAUAGAGGAUCAAUUGAUAGAGAUGAUUUAAAGAAUGUUUUACAUCAUAGAAUAUUACAGAAUGGCUUAUCAAUAUCAGAGGUUACAUUGGAGAGUUUAAUCGAUACUGUAUUCGAACAGUUUGACAAAAACAAUGAUGGCAAGAUUGAUUAUGAAGAAUUUAAAGGUGAACUAGAGUCUAUCGAAAGUGACAAGGUUGAAAAGAAAAAGGAAUCAUCAAAGAAACAAAAGGUGAAUCUAGACUCUAGAACCGAUACUGAGAAAUUAAAGACAUACUUUAAGAUUGAGGGUAUUAAAUUCCUUUAUUUUAUCCUUUUUGGUAUUGUUAAUGCUAUCAUUAUUAUUACUACUUAUUUUAAAGUUUUAAAUACAAAUACAACGGCAUUACAUUUAUUUGGUGAUGGUUUAUUUAUUACAAGAAUUGCAGCAGCUCUAAUUAAAUUCAAUGGUGCUGUUAUUAUGGUGACAAUGUCUUUCUUUUUAAUUGCUGCUUCUGUUGUUCAUACUGUAGGAUGGUUUAUUGGUAUGGGAAUUGCAACAACCAAACCUGAUACAAUUUUCUUUCAAUGUCUUUAUCCUCAUUUUAUUCAGAGACCUACCAUUUGGGAAAUGAUAUUCCUUAGUUUACCUGGUAUAACAGGGUUCCUAAUGUUAUUGGUCAUUUUAAUAAUGGGUUUAUUUUAUUAUACACAUCAUUUAUUUAUAUUAUUUUAUAUAUUAUUAAUUGUACAUGGAUCAAUGGGAUGGAUUUGUCCAGCAUCAUUUUGGAAAUGGUUUAUUGCACCUGCAUUCAUUUACACUGUCGAUAGACUAUUUAGAUUGUUAAACAAGACACAUCGAGUCAAGGUAGUAGACUUUUCACUCAAGAAUCAAAGUGUGGUUAAUUUGACGUUUAGCAGACCCAAUUCUUUUAGAUACAAGCCCGGACAAUAUCUUUUGGUCAAUGUUCCACAGAUUUCAAAGUUACAAUGGCAUCCAUUCACAAUGACAAGCUCACCUUUGGAAGAUACAAUUAGCGUUCACAUACGGGUCACAGGAGGCUGGACCAGAAAACUUAACAAAUAUCUUUCAGACUAUGAAAACAACGUUAACAAUAAUGAUCUUGAAAGUGGUAAAAAGGACAUUGAAAUCAAUAUUGAUGGACCAUUUGGAAGUGCAAGUCAAUAUGCAAUCGCUCAAAAACAAAUCAUCCUCGUUGGUGCUGGUAUCGGUGUUGCUCCAAUGGCUUCACUUUUACAAGACAUCAAACUUAAAAAAGAAUAUUUAAAGUCUCUUGGAUCUAGUACUUCAAUUGAAAAUAAUAACAAAAAUAAUAAUAAUAAUAAUAAUAAUAAUAAUAAUAAUAAUAAUAAUAAUAAUAAUAAUAAUAAUAAUAAUAAUAAUAAUUCAAGUGAUACAAGUAGUGUGUCGAGUGGUAAUUUUGGAGCGACAGCAGAUAAAUCAAAAGAUUUGGGAGAUUUGGAAAAAGUUCAUUUCUUUUGGUUAAAUAGAGAUCCAAAUUGUUUCCAAUGGUUUGAAGAGCUGUUGAUUGAUAUGGCAAGAACUGGAAAUCAAAUUCCUAAAAUUUCAAUCCAAACAUUUAUUACUCAAUGUUUUCCAAAGGAUGAUGUACGAACAUUUAUGCUUUGGAAUGGACUAGAGAAAAUGUUUAAUCUUCAAGGAACUGAUCCUACCACCAACCUACCAUUCAAAACCCAUUGGGGACGCCCAAAUUGGGAUGCCAUCUUUUCAUACUAUGCUACCAAAUACUCUGGUCAAAGAAUUGGACUGUUUUGUUGUGGUCCUCCAGAAUUAUCAAAAGAAUUAUAUGAUAAAUGUAAAAAAUACUCUUCACUCGAUUCUGGUACUAAAUUUAAAUUUUAUAAAGAGAAUUUUUAA